ACCUUGUAAAUGAGAGAGUGUAUUUCGAUCCAAAUCGGUCAGGCCGGUAUCCAGGUCGGAAAUGCCUGCUGGGAACUUUACUGUCUCGAACAUGGCAUUCAGCCUGAUGGGAAGCUGACUGUCGACGGAGGAGAAAUCGCCUUUGGCAGCUUUUUCAGCGAAACUGUAACUGGAAAACACUUUCCACGCGUCGUAUUCCUUGAUCUUGAACCCACCGCCAUUGACGAUGUCAGGACUGGUGCCUACCGUGAACUCUUCCAACCCGACCAAUUCAUCACCGCCAAUGAAGGUGCCACCAACAGUUUUGCACGUGGUCGUACCAUUGGGAAACAGAUUAUUGAUCUAUGCUUGGACAGAAUCAGAAAGAUAGCAGAUAAUUGCGAUGAUCUACAAGGUCUCUUAUUGUUCAAUGCCGUGGGUGGCGGCACAGGCUCUGGUUUGGGUUCGCUUCUUCUGGAGCAUCUGUCUGCUGAAUACGGGAAAAAAAUCAAGCUUGGCAUGGCCGUAUAUCCAUCUCCCCAUGUUUCAACCUCUGUCCUAGAACCCUACAACACCGUCCUUUCAACCAGUGUUCUCCUUGAACAUACUGAUAUGGCAGUGCUUCUCGACAAUGAAUCCGUCUAUGAUAUUUGCAAGCGCUCCCUUGAUAUCCUGCGACCCACUUACAACAACCUUAAUUGUCUUAUCUCUCAGGUUAUUUCAUCCCUCACUACCUCUUUGAGGUUUGAUGCAUCAGUGAAUGUUGAUCUCAAUGAGCUUCAAACCAAUUUGGUUCAUUUUCAUACGACCCAUUUCAUGCUUACCUCAUAUGCCCCUUUCAUUUCUGCCAACAAACCUUACCAUGACCAGCAUUCUUCUGCUGAGAUCACCAAUAGUGUUUUUAACCCUUCUUCCUUGAUGGUUAGGUGCAACCCUCGAUAUGGAAAAUACUUGGGUUGUUGUUUGAUGUAUCAUGGUGAUAUUGUGCCUAAGGACGUGGUUUCUGCAAUAGCCACCAUUAAGAGAAAUGAAACCAUUCAAUUUGUGGAUUGGUGUGCCGCUAAGUUCAAGGUAGGUAUCAAUUAUUAUCCUCGAACUGUUGUUCCUGGUGGUGAUCUUGCCAAGGUGCAGAGGGCUGUAGGAAUGAUCUCUAACUCUACCAGUGUUGCUCAAGUGUUUUCCAGAAUUGACCAUAAGUUCGAUCUUAUGUAUGCCAAGCGUGCUUUUGUGCACUGGUAUGUGUGUGAGGGUAUGGAAGAAGGUGAGUUAUCACAGGCUCGUGAGGAUCUUGCUGCUCUCGAGGAGGAGUAUGAGGACUUUGCGCCCUACUCUAAUGAUACUUGGGAAGUUGAAAGUGAUGACUCCGAGGAGUUUGAUCUUAUGUCUAGCAAUAAGCGUGCUUUUGUGCACUGGUAUUUGACCGAGGGUAUGGAAGGAGGCUCGUUAGAAUCUUGCUUCUCUCGAGAAGGAUUAUGA